UUUUAACCAAAUUUGUACACUUAAAAUUUUGUAGUUCAAUGUUUUUGCCGAAAAUCCAUAUACGGCAGCUGCGCUGUCUGCCCAAGCAGUUGUUCUUGCGUCAAUUUUGCAAAUGUGCCAGUCAAGUGCCGCCUGAGGUUUUAGAGGAACUGGAGCAGGGUUUCGAAGAUAUGAAGGAAUGCGACUCCAAGAGUCUGUUAAAAAAGCAUUUAACGAAGGAAAGAUUCGACAAGCUCAAAGAUAAAACGACACCAACGUAUAACUCUACAUUGUUAGAUUGCAUACGUUCUGGCUUGAAGAAUCCCGAUUCCGGCGUUGGUAUAUAUGCGCCAGAUCCAGAGGCGUACUCAACAUUUUCAGAUAUCUUCGAUCCCAUCAUAGAGGACUAUCAUGGUGGGUUUAAGAAAACAUCCGUGCAUCCUCCGACUUGUUUUGGAUUUGGUUCAGACUUUCCCAAUCUCGAUCCAGACAAUUUGUAUAUAGUAUCCACACGUGUGCGCUGCGGCAGAUCUAUAAAAGAUUUCCCCUUCAACCCAUGUCUCAGUAAAUGUGACUACAAUGUACUGGAUUCCAUAAUAACAGAUGCCUUACUUAAUUUAUCUGGUGAAUAUUCAGGCACUUAUUUUCCACUGUGCGGCAUGGAGAAGGAUAAGCAACAGGAGCUCAUUGACAGUCAUUUGCUCUUUAAGGAAGGCGAUCGUUUUCUUAAGGAUGCCAAAGCUACACGCUACUGGCCCACUGGGCGUGGCAUCUAUAUAAAUGACAAUCGCAACUUUUUGGUCUGGGUCAACGAAGAGGAUCAUGUGCGCAUUAUAUCAAUGGAGAAGGGUGGCAACUUAGGCGCUGUCUACGAGCGUCUAAUACUAGGAGAAAAUCAACUAAGCAAGCAGCUGGAGUUUAGUCGCGACAAGCGCUUGGGCUAUUUGACUUUUUGUCCCACUAAUCUGGGCACAUCACUUAGAGCUUCAGUGCAUAUGCGAUUGCCUAGCUUAGCGGAUGAUAAGGCAAAGUUGGACAAAAUGGCGGCCAAGUAUAACCUCCAGGUGCGUGGUACAAGAGGUGAGCACACCGAUGCAGAGGAUGGCGUCUAUGAUAUAUCAAAUAAGAGACGUAUGGGCUUGACCGAGUACGAGGCAAUCCAGGAGAUGUACAAAGGUAUUAGAGCGCUCAUAGAUCACGAAUGCCAGGAAGCCGCCAAGGCAUGCAAGAAAUAGUUACAGUUGAGUAUUUAGUUUGGGCAACUUUUUAAGCUGUAAUACAAUAAAGAUAUUGAAGUUUCAAAA